GCACCGCCCACACUGCAUAUAUUUCCUUGCCAGAGUGCGGCGAGGCAAGGCCCUGCAGCACUACCACUUCUUCUCAGCUGCAUUUGACUGAAUACAUCUGCCAAGAUGGUGCAAGGUAUGAUCAUCAAGAAUAUGUCCUUUAAGGUCGGGCAGAUCAUGACCAUUGUUGGAGUCGUCAAGCCUGAGGCCUCAAGUUUUGCAGUGAAUAUUGGUCCUGAUGACCAGGAGAUCACAAUGCAUAUCAACCCUCGCUUUAAUGCCCAUGGAGACGUGAAUACGGUGGUCUGCAACUCUUACCAGGGAGGCACCUGGUGUGAGGAAGUCCGUGAGGGAAGCUUUCCUUUCCAACAGGGAGAGGAGUUCAAGAUCCUCAUUGAAUUCACCCCUACAGAGUUCGUGGUAACUUUAUCAGAUGGCUCUAAAAUCCACUUCCCCAACCGCAUAGGUGCGGAGAAGUACUCUGUCAUCAACUUUGAUGGGGAUGCUCGUAUAAGAAGCGUGGAGAUCAAGUAAACCUCCACCCUCCCUGGGAUUGUUGGGAUGAAAUCUAGCAUAAGGUCACAUAUAGCCACAGCUUUUAAGUUCCUGAAUACAUGUGGUAUCAAUAGUGCCUUACAUGCAGUUGUCACAAAGUGUAUUACGCAAAUGUUUAGCUUGUUGGCAUGUACAUAUGCAAGCAACCACAUACACAAAGGUGGAUAGAUAGUUAGUUAGAAAAUCAUCAUACUCAGAUGUAGACAGAAAAAGAAAACACAGAGAAGGUUUACUAACUGUGCACUUGACAGAGCUAUUAACUGCAAGGUGAACCAAACAUAAAGUGGUCCCAAGCUAAUAUUAUCUGCCUGUUAUUUGUUUUGUAGUUUACAGUGUUUAGCUGAGAAGUGCCACAUAGAGUCACUUGAUCAUUUGUUCUUUAAGCUGCCUUGAAAUGCUGUGUGUUUUCUUGUAUUUCCUCCAGACAUUCCUGAUUUGUAACUGAGUAUAAUGCUUGCCUUCACAACAUGUAUUAAAGCAUACUCUUUUAUGAUAAA